UCCCACACCGACCGCUUGUAAGUCCAGUAACUCUGGUCGGUGCUGAUAAGAGCUUGUCUAACACUGAUAAACCUAUUGGCGGGUAUGAUCGCAUUGUAGCGACGCCAUUUUGGUUAGAAAUAUUCAAAUUUGUAAGUUAUUACCCGGACAGGAUCCCUCCCAGGAGUGAUCUAGCGUGACGAAGAUUUUAGUAGCUUCACCCAGAGGACUUUCCACCAACUGCUGACUCACGUGACAAGAUAUCGCCAACGGUACACACUGCCAUGGUGCCACUUAAAUGGCUCCUGGUUGUCAUGGCAACCGUCUGCAGCUGUUCAGGCCAAGACUGCCCCUUGAACUGGGCUGUGUACAUGGACCACUGCUAUCACUUCGUCUUCUACCCACCACGACCAUACGUGGAAGCUGAGACGGCCUGCCAGGCUGAUGGAGCGACUCUCGUCAGCGUCAAUGACGACGAAGAGCACCAAUUCAUCACCAACUACUUAACGCAGUACGACGUCAACAGGCGCGACAAGUGGUACACGAGCGGGGUGGAGAUGGGCGACACGUGGCAGUGGCAAGGCGACGGCGCCGACAUCAUGACCGGCGACUACUGGGACGACGACAUCGACCCGAUUCCCGACAUUACCGGGCAGUCCAUUAACAAACCCAACCUCGUCUACAUGUUUUCUGCAACGAAGAGCGUGUUUGCCUGGGCCAAGGUGCGCAACACUGAUGUGCUGAUGUACAUAUGUGAGAUCGACAAGCUGGAGGCAUUUAGGAUCAACCGGCCUCCCAGAGACUUCACAUACGGACAGGAAACCACUGACCUGAACUUAAUCCUUCGAGGGCCCGUAUUCACAAAUGAGCCAAAGAGUGUUGUUCUCACUGGAAGAGAAACACUUACCUAUAUCGACUGCCGAGCAGAUGGAAUACCGGCCCCGACAUACAGAUGGCUCCGGAACGUCGGCACUUUGAAAGAGACGGAAGUGACGGAAACCACUGACCCUCGCUACACAUUGACCAAUGGGAGACUGACCAUCACUGCCCCCGACCUGCAGAAGGACCCCGGGGACUACCAGUGCAUCGCCACGAACAUGAUCGGGUCCAUCAUCAGCGACCCCGUCAUCAUAUCAGGAGGGUACUUGAACGAGUUCGUCAACGAACCAGUGGGUACGCUGAGCGCUCCGCUCUACCAGGGGACGGUCCUCCAGUGCAACACGCCAAACUUCAACCCAAGGGUGAGCUUCUCCUGGUACAAGGGGCACGCCAAUCACUUCAUCCGCCCCACCCUCAACCCCCAUACGUUUAUAUCGGAGAAGGGAGGGCUGUAUAUCUCCGAGGUCCAAGCCUCCGACCAAGGACUUUACCACUGUGUGGUCACACUGGCCGCUCCCUUCGACCAGAUGCUCGCCACCACGCAGCCACCUAGCAGGACCAGCCUCGCCAUCGGCUUCGACGUCACUGGGCAAAACGCUAACGACUUUGGGCCAACCAUCCACAACGACUUCCCCGCCGUGUUCCCCAAUCCCCCACAGAGGGGCAAGACCGUCCGUCUGGAGUGUCUAGCUUAUGGAAGGCUUCCGUUGACCUACUCCUGGGAGUGGAAUGGCGGGGCUCCACCCUCCGGGUCCCGCAUGGAGAACCUCAACCGCGUUCUCAUCAUCAAGGAUGCGAAGCUGGAGCACAGCGGCAACUAUACGUGCCUCGUCCGCCGGGGCAGUGACGCCUCCGACACCAAGAGCCUGCACCUCUCCAUAAUAUCCAAGCCGUACUUCCUGUUCCCACUGGAGAACAAGUUUGUGGACAAGGGGAGUCAGCUAACGUGGAGGUGCGAUGCGGUGGGCGUCCCCCACGCCACCUACACCUGGCUGAAGGAGACCAAGGUGCUUCUCCCCACCCCCGGGGACAUCGACAUCUACAGGAACACUCUGACCAUCCACGACGCUGACCCCAGCCGACAUAACGGCAUGUACCAGUGUGUGGCGGAGAACAAGUACGGCAAGGUCCUCACGAGCGGGCAGCUGACGGUGCUAGCUUUCCAGCCAAAGUUUACCAAGCACCCAAUUCUUGACUCCAUGCUCGGCACCGAGGGCGGCAACAUCACCAUAAAAUGCCACCCAGAAGCUGCCCCCACCCCGACCAUCUCGUGGUAUAAGGAUGGCCGUGACCUUGGUCUCACUGUAGCCGAUGAGACAAUGGCGACUGGUCAUCUGGCCCUGCUCCCAAGCGGAAGUCUGCUCAUCACGAGACUGACCACGGGGGAUUCGGGAGGCUACAGGUGCACUGCCACCAACGACCUCGGCACGGCGUCAUCCGAGGGCACACUCAACAUCGUCACGCAAACUGUCAUAACAACGCCUCCUACGAACACCGCCGUCGUGGUCAACAAUACCGCCUUCUUUUACUGCGAGGCAUCCUUCAACCAACUCACCACGGACCUAAUUUACGUAUGGAAGUUCAACAGAGAGAUCGUCAUCGACGUUGCAAAUGACCCCGACUACGUCCGAGGUAUCCGCGAUGGUAUGAGAGGAUUGUACGUAAGGAACGCCCAGUUCAAACACGCAGGCACAUUCACCUGUAUGGCGGAGACGGUGCAGGACGCGGCUACGGCUGAGGCCGUCCUCACAGUUAUGGGUCCCCCGGGGGAGCCGGCCGGGGUGUACUCUAAGUUGGGAUCCUCGGGGAAGGAUGUGACGCUACGGUGGACGCCGGGAGAGGAUCACGGGGACAUCAUACAGGCCUACAGGGUGGAAGCUUUAAACGACUUCGACUCAGAGUGGGUCGUGAUCGUCAAAGAGUUGCAGGAGAGUCAGUCAGUCCUGUUGAACCUGGAGGAGGACCAGAGCAAGAGGGGGACGCACAUCGUCGGGCUGGCCCCGGGCACCAGCUACAGGUUCAGAGUCGCCGCCAGGAACAGGUUCGGCUGGGGGGUUCCCAGUAUCCCUUCAACCUGGUACCACAUCGAUUCUGCCGCUCCGAGGGUGGCUCCUGCUUUUGUGGGCGGGGGAGGAGGGGCUGUAGGGCUGCUCAGGAUGACGUGGGAGGCUCUUCCAAGGAACGAGGUGGGCGGCCCGGGGCUCAAAUAUAAUGUCUACCAUCGCCCUCUCUCAUCCGCGGGGCAAGGUGACACGUGGAUCAAGGGCACAGUUCCAGGCACGAAAACUGAGAACGUGACGGUGGUCGGGUCCAAGACAAACUUCUACAGACAGUACGAGGUCAAAGUUCAAGCACUCAAUAACUACGGACCAGGGCCUAACUCGUCAGUCUCCAUUGUGUAUUCAGCGGAGGACAUGCCCGUGGGAACGCCGUCAAACGUCAACGCCCAGGAACAGAACUCGACGUCGGCCCUGGUGUUCUGGACGCCCAUACCCGAUGACCGACUCCACAUGAAAGGCCGUGUGAAUGGAUACCAGAUCAACUACUGGCUGGACGGGGAGUCAUACAACGACGCACGGUUUGUCCGCCAUUAUGGGCAAAGGUCACAAGGCAGGAUCAUUGGUCUGGUAGGGAACACUGACUAUUGGUGCAACGUCAACGUCUUUAACGGCGCCGGACUCGGCCCGAAGAGUGAGAACUGGUGGGUCUCAACUUUCUAUCAAGGUCCGAUCCUGUACCCGGAGUACGUGACGGUCAACAGUGACGGCCCCGACAGCGUGUACGUGACGUGGAGGGGAGUCAGCACGACACAGGACGAGGAGUCGAUCCGAGGAUACAAGCUCAUCUACUGGGAGACUGGGGACGACCUCAGGUCGGCCAAGAGCGUGAUUGUGGGCAAGGUGGACAGCGCAGUCAUCCCCCACGUGGAGAAGGGCAUCAUCUACAACCUCAGGAUGAUGGGCUUCAGCUUCGGGGGGGACGGCAAGAAGAGCCCCACCGUAUACUUCACUCUUGGUGGCCAAGUUCGAUAUAACCGGAUCACAAGUGAAAUAAGGGCUGGAGGGCAACAACUGAGUGCCUCACUUCUCCUUCUGGGGACCUGCUUCGCUGCGGUCCUCCAUGUCACGAGAUCAGCUUGACCUGCUCAUCUGCUCACUGCUUUGCCUAAUUCCUCAUCACAAGAUCGACCUCUUCUCAUUUACACAUCUUGCCUCCGUUGUCACGAGAUCGGCCUGACCCGCUCAUCUACACACUGCAAGUCACCAUGUGGCCCCGAGUGUUGUCACGUGUCCCAACACCUACUGACAAUCUACAUCUACUGACAAUCUAAAUCUACUGACAAUCUACAUCGACUGACAAUCUACAUCUACUGACCAUCUACAUCUACUGACAAUCUACAUCGACUGACAAUCUACAUCUCCUGACAAUCUACACCUCCUGACAAUCUACAUCUACUGACAAUCUACAUCUCCUGACAAUCUACA